AUGUUGGCCUCGGACCCAGCUGUGAUCUACUCAAAGCUGAAGCGCCCGCUGCCGCCGAGCUUCGACUCAGGCGCCUCGCUGCACGUGCGGUGCGGCCAUGGCUUCUCGGGGCUGGAUCGCUUCUCGGGAGCGGCGAAGGCCACGGAGGAGAUCAUUUGCCAAGAUGGCCGUUGGGUAGAUACAAAAGGAGGACCCGGCCUCGUGGCUCUUCAAUGUGUGGCCUGCGCACGUGCGACGCCCACGGCCUCCGACAGCUUGUUGGAGCACUUGAAAGCUUCGCAGCAGGAGCGCUGGUGGUUGAAGCGCCAUCCCGUUGAGAUCAAGUACUGGAAUGGCCUUUGCUUGGCCACCGAGUCUGGCAGUGUCGCUGUGGACAUCCUUUUCACCGACCCCAUGGAGACCUGGCACCGGCGUCGCCGGCAGCGCGACAGCGGCUUCGCCUUCGGGGCCACGACCUGGGGCGACAACAACCUGCGGCUGGGGUGGAAAGGAGAUGCGGGCAAAUGCAACUUCGAGCAACGGACGCAGGUGGUGUCCUUGACAGGUGAAUGGACCUUGGCUGGAGGUGCUACGAAGUCGGAAACUCUCCAAGGAUUGUUGUCCGGGGUCCGCUAUGCCAUCUACUUUAACGUCAAGGCCGAGGCUUCGGUCACGACUGGCCUCACGACCGCCUACAGCAGUGGAUGGGGCUGUGGUGGCUUCUCCACGAGCGUUUGGGCGCAUUGCCCCGAGGAGGUGUCAUGCCCCUCUGGCAGCACCAUGGUGGCCUGCCAGGCAGUGCCUUCCUUUUCGCCCUACGGGCACACACCAUUGGGCGCGGUAGUGACGAGUAGCGGCACUUGCAAGGCCUGGGGCAACUACGCCAUGGGUGCGAAGGCCUUGGGAGGUACCGAGGUCACUGGACCCGAGACCACCAGCGACCAGUGGUCUGAAUGGGCCACAUGCCCCAGUGGCUCAGUGGCGGUGACGGUGAGGAGACUCAUUGCCGGAGUGGACAUCGACGGAACCAAGGGCGACUGGAACUUGAAGUAUUUCUCCAACAGCAAGGACAGCGAGAAGACGGUGAUGUGCGAUGAAGGGACCUACAUCAAGCAGAUCAAUGCUUGCUCCGAGGGGAAGUGGGACGGCAUGGAUAGCAUCUACUGCACCGAUGGGAAGCACAAAGGCUCAUACAACGAUGGCUGCAGCCGCAGGCGCAGCAAUUCCGGCCGCCGGCGUGGCACGAAUUUGAACAGUGACCGAGGAGCACGGAAGGCGUAUGGCCAGGGUGGUGGCAAUUUGGACAAGUUGUGUUUGGAUGGCGCAGGAGGAAGUGGUGGCUACUGCCGCGGAAGCCACAACUCCGCCUAUGUGGAAGACAGCUGCAAGGAGGACGGACUCAUCGCCGGAUUCCGAGAGUAUCACCGCCGGAGGAGUGUCCGCUUCGUUUGCCGACAAGUGCGGCCUGUGGUCAAGGCCUUCGAAUGCAAUGACCAGGGCUGCCGCGUCGUUUGCAACAACGACCGAUGCAAGAUCAUGCCCUUUUGCCUGGAGGGUGCCGGCACGGAUGACGUGACUGAGGGGCCUCAGCAGCAAUCCUCCUCGGGCGGCUCGUGGACGCCGUGGUCCAACUGCCCGAGCGGCUUCUCUGCGGUGGGGCUCCGGCGGCUGGUGUUGAGAGGUAGCUUGGUGGACGGCGAAGUCAGCAGCGUGGACCAGGUGGAGUGCACAGGGACAGGCUGCAGAGCGAAGAAUCCCAAGUAUGGGACCAAAGUGAGGGCCGCCUGUGUGAGGAACUCCCGUGUCAAGGCGGGGACUCUGAGGGAGAAGACCGGUGGCGGUUGGUCUGAUCGAUCCAGCUGCCCCAGCGGCUACGACCCCAUCGGAGUGUGGAGCCUCACAAAGGAGAAGACCUAUGACACCAUGCGGAUGUGGGAUUGCAGCAGUAGCGGUUGCCGAAUUGGAUGCAUCGGCAGCGGGAAGUGCAGCAUCCAAACAGCUUGCAUCGGAGCGAUGACUUUGGCCAAGGCCACCUGCUCGACGGCGCAUCAGAACUUACAGGUGGUUGCCUCCUCCAGUGGCUCCGGAACGCGCACUCCGGCCGCUUGCCCCAGCACCCACAACAGUGCUGGAUGCGUUUGCUACUCCUCCACGGAGGGCUCUUGUCCUGCCGAGAACUACCAGGUCGGAAAGCUCACCGGCAGCUGCUCCAAAAACUUUGGCUCUGCCUCAGGCACCGUCACCCGGCUUUGCACCCAAGCGGUGGGCCGCCUGCGUGUGUCCAUUGGCAACGAAAUCACCGAGUUGGAUGACCUCACCGCGGGCUACGUCUACAAGUCGGUGGCGAUCACCUCGGCCAACACCGGAAACGCCAACAUGAAGUUCCGGGAGCUUGGUGGGAAGCCGAUCACUUUGUCGGUGAAGGAUGUCACCAUCAGCGACAUGGUCACUGGGGAGACCACCCAAAGUUUGUUGUUGGACUUGGCCAACGUCUGCAGCGGCACCCGCUGGGAGAUCGAACUCCCAGCGCAGCAGAGUGGCACGCCUUACACAGUUAAGGUGACCUACGGCGAUCAGCGGAUGGACAUGGAGACCUCGUCCUGCAUGCUGGGGACGGCAGGUCACAUGGCUUCAGUUUCUGCGGGCACUGUGGCGAAAGGAGACUUCAAGACCGUGCAGCGCUCGGUCUUCGUCCCGGGCAACAGCGCCGGGGUGGGCAACCUCGUCUUCUCCGGCGAGGCGGCCUCCGGAUGCACGGGCAUCAACAAGAUCGAGAUUGCACGAGAGGAUACGGUGCUUUGGACCGACUGUGGUGCGCCCUACAGCAAGGGGUGGAAUCUGAAGCAGUCCAACUCGGCGCCGGGCAACUUCCAACUCGUGGAGCGUGCGCGGGAAGGCGCAUCCAACGCCAAGGCCUGUGUGAACCCGAAGUCGGGGAAGCUGGUGGAAUGUGCGCCGGAGAGUCAGGUGGAAGAACACAUCAAGCAGGUCUUCUCCUUGGACUACUUGGCACCCUUGGUCGCCAAGUGGACCCAGUUUGAGAGUGGGCAGAAUUUGCAGCCGGGCUCCUGCGUCCGCGCGCGGAACCAGUAUUUGCCCAACUUGAAGAUCUCCAGCAACCAGCAGGACAACCACCUGGUGUCGUGUGGCACGGGGCAAGUGCUGAGCUCUUACCUCUUCAAGCAGGAUAGCUCCUGCAACCACGUGGACGACUUCCGGUAUUUCCACAGUUGUACUGCGAUCAUCCCGGUGACCACGACCUCCUCCUGUGUGAAUUUGGCCACCAGGUGUGUGGCGCACAGCAACAACCACCCGCACGUGUGGGAGCUGGACCGGCAUGAUGUGGGGGCUGAGUGUGCACCAGGCAUGCUCUUGACCCGCUUUGGAUACACCUCUUGCUCUGUGGAGGGAGGAGGUGGCUACCAAUACACCUAUACUUGCUGCCCGGUGCAAGGCUCGGGCGACUGCACCGAAGCCUACACCGAGUGGGGCGAGGUGGGACAGCUGAGCGACCUGUCAGCUCUCCAGCAUCAUCACUUGCAGUGCCCCCGCGAUAGUGGCCUCAAGCGCUUUAUCUUGGAAGCCCAAGUGCCCGAAGUCGCUGCCGACGAGACUUUGCAGGGCGAAGUGAGGUACAACUUCGUUUGUUGCAAGCUACCCCUAGCUGCUCCAGUCAGCGUCCGCACCGGGCCGCUGCUCGCCGAAGAUGUGCAGCCCUGGGAGGGCACUUACUGCCCGGUGGGCCGGACCGAAGGGAGGCCCGACUUCACGCGGCUCGCGGGCAGUUGGCCUCAGAUGUCUGUGCUCAAAAACACGUACUGCGGCUAUAAGAAGGGACUGUGCAGUGGCGACGUGAUGAUCGGCGAUGACGGCGGCAAAUGGACCUCCACAGCCCGUGAUUUGGCGGGCACCAUCUGCGGUGCCAUUUGCGCCAAGCACAAAGACUGCCAGGGCUUAAUCGCCACCAAUAGCCAGGGCUGCGCAUACCGGCAGCAUCCCCACUGCUGGAAGGAGGCGAACUCAGGAAUCGACUGCUGGGUGCGCAUCAACACCAGCGAGAUGAAGAUCGGUUUCGAUCGUUUGGGCGGCUCCUGGUGCAUGACCCCUGAAGGAGGCACUGCCAAGUGCUCCUCUCUCACGGAGGUGGCUCACCCCUUGGAGCUGCUGCCCAAUGCGGGCGGCGUGGACUAUGCACCGCUGGUGCCCAUGGAAACGGACUUCGAAGGCAAUGGUGCGACAGAGGUGGAGCGGGAUGACAUGGCGCAGAGCCUCUUGGGUGUGUCUGCAGCGGUCAGCACCCGUGCGGGCACGAAUGGUGGCUUGGGGAACCAAAAGUUCAAGAAGUUGCCCAAGAUCCCGAAGGCAAAGUUCCAACCGGCCAAAUUCGAGAUGGCUGAGUUCAAACCCUUCGAGGGCGAGAGGAAGGCCUUGGAACGUCGGGGCGUCACCGAGCACGUCUUGAAUUGGGCGCCCAACGCCAUCACCUACGCACCCCACUGUUUGGCACGUGAGAACCGGGAGAUGAUCUUGGGUGCCGAACCGGUGGAUGGUGCUGAGCACUUCCUCAGCAGUGAGGAGAGGAAGAAGGAUGUGGUGGGCGCCUGCUACCACGCCUUGGGCGUGGAUGGCGGAGGGCUCAGCGCUGUGGAGACCUGGGGUGAAGAUGCCACCAGCGACUGGACACCACCCUAUCCAAUGGAUAUGAUGUUUUCUGGCCACCAGGGCUAUCCGGGUUUGACGGCGGACGCCGUCUGGGAGUGUAGCACUCGCGAUAUCAACCGUGGUUACAAGCUGGCGAUGUGGGAGAGGCAAGCGGACUUCAACAAAGCCAUCAUCGACCUCUCGGGAAAGCCCAUCAGCAAGGGCAUUUGCGCGGCUAUUCCUGGAACCUUGUCGUUGGUGGGUGCCAUUGCCGCCUAUGCAGGCGUGAAGUUCGAGACCUCCAAGGUGUGUGAUGCCAUUGCGGCUAACAUCCAAGGAGCUGCCACUUUUAUGAUCGAGAAGCGGCAAAGCUACCGUGAGAAGCGAUACAUCGAGAGUGAUUUCCAAGACUGCAAUCCCCUGCAGAACACCAUGGCCAAGGUCUACUGCGACCUGUCCUGUGUGGAGGAUGCCGUGAAGCGAGGGGAUGAAGAAAUCUUGAGUUCCAUUGGGACUUUGAACCGUAACAUCUUGUCCGAGAUGAAGGCCUUUUUCGACCACUAUGUCUCGGAGAUAUUCACACGCCUCACUCACAUCGAGGAUAAGUCCUCCCACGAGAGUGGCCAGCUGAAGCAGGUGCUGGACAGCUACGCCCGCGCGGAAAUCGAUGCCGUGAACUCCAACGGGAAGCAGAUCAUCAACGCGAUGAAUACACAGCACUCGGCCAUGAAUCGGAACCUGGGCAAUGCCGCGAAGCAGAUUUUCGACCUCACCCACGAGGAGCACAAAGUUCUGGCCGCGACCAUGAAUGCACAUCUGCAAGCCACCUCCAAUGCCAUUGACAAUUUGAAGGCGGAGACGCAGCAGGGCUUCCAUGACGCCUUCAACGAGUUUGCCGACACCUUGAGCCAGGAGGAUCUCCUGGAGCUGUCCAAGGUCUCCCGGAGCCGCCGCGCGGCCUUGGCCCAGCUCAAUGCCUGGGAGGACUCAGUUCAGAGUGCGGGCGGACAAAAACUUCAGCAGAUUGAACAAGCUUUGCUGGUGCUUCAGAAGCGCGUGCAAGAAACACCCAAGGAGGGGAAUCUCACGGAGCAUGUGAUGAAGAUGCACGAGGAUGUGACCUCUACGGUGGGAGAGCUUCAUGAGCUGCGGAAGCAGCCCACCGCGCACGAGUCGCCGGCGGGCACGGUGGAUGCGGAGAUGAAAACGCUGCUCUCGGCGGCGGAGAAGUCCUUGGAGAGCCACGCCAUGGCGGCGGAGCGGAUGGGUCGCUUAAUCGGUGCUUUGCAGAGCUCUGAUCACCUCACCUCGAAUGCGGAAGACUUCCAUGUGGAGGCCCAGAUGGUGGAGUUCGACAAGAUCUUGGUGAAGAUCCGCGGAGCGGCGGAGGAGUAUUUGAGCGAAAGCCAAGAACAAGCGAAGCUCGUGCGGGAGGCCUCCAAGCUUACUGAGCAGUACUUGUCCAAAUGCACUGCCGACUUCUUGGAACUUCAGCUGGCCGCCAAGAAGGCGCUCCAGUCAGGUAACAAGGCAGCCCGCGCUGCCCGCAAAGCCAUGAAGGAAGUGGCCCAGCAGGUUGCCCUCCUGGCUGAGAUGCUAGUGGAUGGUGGCCUGGCGCGGCACGCUUUGCAGCGCGCCGCCGCGCAGCUCGCCCAGCGCGGGGCCACCACUGCGGAGGAUUUGGAGGAAGUGUCGGAUGAACCGUCGAGCUCCCACAAUAUGACCUCCAACGCCGUGGAACUCUUCCAACUGCUUCACGCUCAGAGGUCGGCCAGCGCACCGAGCACCGCCUUGGAGCUGUUGGCGUCGGAGGAGUUUCACCGGGCCUUGCAGAUGGACCUGCUGGCCAACCUGAGGCUCCGUAUGCCGCCAGUUCUGCCGAAAGCCUUGGCGGCUUGGCGGCUCUUUGAGGACCUCCAACAGCGUCACGCCAUGCAUGGCCUCGCGCGCGUGGGCAGCCGUGACACUGAACUGGUCCGAAGCGCAUGGGAGCGCCUGGACCGCGAAGUGCUCCUGCUGGCCUCGGAGAUCCACGUCGUCGCGAGCGGACUGGGCGAGGCCUGGGCAGCUCGUGCGCAGAGCAUGCUGGAGAUCUUGGCGCCUGUCCCAGCUCGAUGCCAGAAGCUGCUACCAAGCAGCUCAGGCUGGAUGAUGUGGUCCAAUUCCACCGAUGGUUCGAGCCUCCUGGUUCGAGGUGCAACCCACUUGCUGCAGCACCAUCCCAAGCGCCACCGGGUGGCACAUGACUUUGCGCAGACCACAGGAGAUGUCGAGGCACGAAUUUGCUCUCACUCUGCGAGUCCUUCGACCCUCCGCGCGGUGCAUCCGGGCGAGGCCGUCCUUUGCUUCCAACGGAGCCCCGCGUUGAAGUGCACCUCAUGGCUGACCUUGGAAAGUGAGCUGGACCUGUGGUUGAUGUGA